CCUCUCCUAACUCACAAAAGUAACCAUACCCAUGAAUCUGACUCCAGCAUCCACCAGCACAGCCCUCCAUGCGUGCGCUCCAUGUCGCAGCGCAAAGCGUCGAUGCGACAAGGCUCUCCCGAGCUGUGGUCUCUGCCAACGAACGCGCCGCAACUGCGAUUAUGCGCAACAGCCCGCAUCAGAAGAGAGCCUUCGCGCACGCAUUCGGGAGCUGGAGAGUGCGCUUCAUCUUUCCAGCGAGUCUCCAUCGACGUUAACCGAUCUUUCGGAUGAAACCGUGGCGAACUCGUCGCUGCGUACUAGCAUCUUCUUCUUGGAUUCUGAUAUCCACGAAUACUCAAAUAUCCCCAUCAAGGCAACCACAGGGGUUUCUAUCCCGGAAUACGUCGGUGAGCAUCUCCAGGAACGAUGCCAAAUCGACGAAAUUACAACUCUCUAUUUCGAAUCAGUCCAUACCUGGAUGCCGAUAAUCAACAAGACCAGACUCAGCCAACUCGUAGACACAGCGCAGACUCAAAAUGAGAUGCAAGCCGAUCUCGCGCUCUUACUACUAACCAUGAAACUUAUCCAACACCCACCAGAUGCCUACCCUGCUCAAUCUACUUCUCUGUACGUCGCCGCUAAGCGGUUUUCGUUCGCAUUGGACAUGGCAGGAAUCUGCUCGUUGCUCAGGCUGCAGGCAACUUUGCUCAUCACGGUGUAUGAGCUUGGCCAUGCGGUUUUUCCUGCUGCUUAUUUAUCUAUUGGGUCCUGUGCGAGGCUGGGCUUUGCGAUGGGGAUUCAUCAUAAAUCGGCGCCGCAGAUGUUGCGGAAGCCGAGGAAUUGGAUGGAUUGGGAUGAGAGACAGAGGGUUUGGUGGCUUGUUAUAAUCCUUGAUAGAUAUAUUUCCGCUGGAGGUGAUUAUCGCCCGCUGAAUAGUGAUGAGCCAAGCACGCAGUCAUACAUUUCUGGAGAUGAUGGGGCGUGGGAUAGAGGGGAAAUGGUGGUGGCACCUGAACGACUCCGCACCUCGACCGAUCAUCCUGUCAGCCAGUUUUCACGCAUGGCCCAAGCCGCCCACCUACUCGGCCAGGCUAUUAGGCAUUGCAACGACGAGACAUCUAACAUGAGCUUUGUCCUUGAGGACAUUGACGUGGUAUGUCAGGCUACUAAUUCACUGCUUAAUUUGAUGACUGCGAAUCGAGAUGAUACAGUUUGCUAUUACGUGGCUGUGGCGAUUUGUUUUAGUGCUCUUAUGAAGGUCAGCGAGUUCCAUUCCUGCGACUCCUUCGCAAAAGAAAAACCACUAGACGCGGGAGCCUUCGCGCUCGCUCGGCAAUGCACCGCCAAGGCGGUUCUGAUCAUGAAGCAAACCGCAGCGCAAAUCAUCUCAUUUGUGCAGGUUCUAAACGAGUCAUUACUUCUUGAAGAACGCAACCUGCCAACUCUCUCGCCACUGUUUUUUCACUGCGUGUACCGGGCAGCAGCGGCCCUGACGUGGGUUUCCUCCGAGACGUCCGGAGCUGAGCGUGAGCAGUAUAUUCACGGGAUAUCGCUCUGUGUGGAAAUUCUGCAAAGGGCUGAGGCGAGAUGGAAGUCUGCUGACGCAUAUCUAGAGGCUCUUCGGAUAAUGGCGCAGUAUUUUCAAGACGGAUAGUGCUUAUAUGAGUAUUUGUCGGAGCCAACCUGCAUACUGACAAUUGUAGAGAGUAGUGGUAGCCGAUCUCCGUCGUCGGCAGCCAUUCCCCGGCUCCAGCCCCAAGCAAUCUUGGUCGUCAGCCACAACUAGUCGUGAAGCGCAAGUAACAACCGGGAACGGCCGACACGUCGGACCUGGCCUCGGCGUGGGAUUUGUGCUACUGUUAUGUGAUUGUGGACUAUGGAGAGUGACAUCAGCCUGUGAGCUCGCAAAGCCUUA